GAAGAGAAGAAAGAAGACGAAAAAGAGAAUAAAUAAUAAGAGAAGAAGAAAGAUGAAAAGAGGAGGAGAAAUAAGAAAAUAAAAAAAGAGAAGAAAGAAUAAAAAAGUAAAGAGUAAAGAGAGAAUAAGAGAAGAAAGAAUAAGAGGACAAAAAAGAAUACAAAAAGAAAAGAGACGAAAAUAGGAGAUGAAAGUACAAAAGAGGAGAAGAAAGAAGAAAAUAAUUAAGAAAUGAGAAGAAAAAAGAAAGUAGAAAAGAGGAGAAGAAGAAAAUAAUUAAGAGAAGAUAAGAAAGAACAAAUGAGGAAAGAAAUAAGAGAAGAAAGAAAGAAGAGAAGAAACAAUAAAAGAGGAGAAGAAAGAUGAAAAGAGGAGAAGAAAUAAUACAAUUAUAAAAAAAAGACUGAAUGCAGCUGAGAUAGGCUCCAGCACCCCCCGCGACCCCGAAAGGGACAAGCGGUAGAAAAUGGAUGGAUGGAAGAAGGAAAUAGGAAGAGAAGAGAAGAAAGAAUAAAAUAAACAAUAAAAGAGGAAAAGGAAGAAGAAACGAGGAGAAGAAAGAAUAAAAGAGAAGAGAGAAUGAAAAAAGAAAGAAUAAAAAAAGAAGAGGAAGAAUAAAAGAGAAAAAAAGAAUAAGAGGAGAAAAAAGGAGAAGAAAGAAUUAAAGAGGAAAAGGACAAAGACUAAUAAGUGUUAAAGACAAGUGGGGGGGUCUUGCUUUCUCUCUCAUUGGUUGACCUGAGGGUGCCCCCCCCCCCCCCCUCUCUCUCUCUCUGUCUCUCUCUAUCACUUCUCCUUAUAAGGACAGGCUCCGCCUUCAGUGAUGGCGUCAGACUUGUGGGGUAUUGGCGUUUAGUCCUGGGGGACCGCAGGGCUGAGACUUCUUUCCUUUCUCCUCAUCACUUUAUCUCUCUUCCUUGCCCUCCUCUCCCUGGCCCUCCCCCGGCAUGGUCUUGAGGGACAGGAAGAGGAUUAUUGGCGCUUCUUGUCCCUGAGCGUGGUUUGAAGGUGAGAAUAAAACCCGGAUGGUCUCCAGAGAAGAACCCAGGUGGCUUGCUGGGAUGUUUCAGGACCUCCUCCCUCCAGGGGCCCUGGCCGGCCUGAAGGAGGAGCCGGCAGCGGGACGCUCCUGGAUGCACGGCGGCGGCGUGCUGGACGCCAACUCGGCAGCUCACAGCGGGGCGGCGUUAUCGAGAGCUCACUUUGAGAAGCAGCCUCCGUCCAAUCUGAGAAAGUCCAACUUCUUCCACUUUGUGUUGGCGCUGUAUGACCGCCAAGGCCAACCUGUGGAAAUUGAACGCACGGCUUAUGUGGACUUUGUGGAAAAGGAGAAGGAACCAACGACAGAAAAAAGCAAUAAUGGAAUUCAUUACAAACUCCAACUUCUCUACAGUAGUGGGGUGAGGACAGAGCAGGACUUGUACAUCCGACUCAUUGAUUCAAUGAGUAAACAGCCGAUCAUCUAUGAAGGUCAAGACAAGAACCCAGAGAUGUGCCGAGUUCUGCUCACUCAUGAGAUCAUGUGCAGUCGCUGCUGUGAUAAAAAAAGCUGUGGAAACCGAAACGAGACACCGUCAGAUCCUGUUGUCAUUGACAGGUUCUUCCUCAAGUUCUUCCUCAAGUGUAACCAGAACUGUUUGAAAAAUGCUGGGAACCCACGAGACAUGAGGAGGUUCCAGCUCAUCACCCCCCACGCCAUCCGUGUGCAAACUCCGCCCCGUCACAUCCCAGGUGUGGUGGAGGUGACGCUGUCCUACAAGUCCAAACACUUUUGCAAGGGGACACCUGGACGCUUCAUCUACACAGCACUGAAUGAGCCCACCAUUGACUAUGGCUUCCAGAGGUUACAGAAGGUCAUUCCUCGUCACCCUGGAGACCCAGAGAGGCUGCCUAAGGAAGUGCUCCUGAAGCGAGCCGCUGACAUGGUGGAGGCAUUGUACGGGAUGCCUCAUAGCAACCAGGAGAUCAUCCUGAAGCAAGCGACAGACAUUGCAGAGGCGCUCUACAGCGUUCCUCGGAACCACAACCAGAUCCCGUCACUUGGAAACUCAGGUUCGCACGGCAUGAUGGGAGUUAACUCCUUCAGUGGCCAGCUGGCAAUCACCGUCUCUGACACAAGUCCAGUCGGGUACAGUCGCAACACCAGCAGUGUGUCACCCAGAGGAUACGCCCCCAGCUCCACCUCCCAGCCCAGUAACUAUGGCAACAACAACAGCUACGGCAACGCUUCCAUGGCAAACCUCGGCGUGACGUCUUCGCCAAACUUCCUCAACGCAUCGUCUGCCAGCUCACCCUACGGCAUUGUUGCGUCCAGUCCCACAAUGGCGGGGUCCAACUGUAGCUCCUCCCACAGCACCUUUCCUUUCUCUACCGCCGUGAAACAGAAGAGCGCCUUUGCUCCCGUGAUCAGACCCGCAACCCCCCCUCUCCCUCCUCGGUCCUGCUCCACCAACAGUGGUCUGCAAGGAGAGAAUAUCGCCCUCGGAUUAAGAGAGUGUCUAGCAAGCUGGGGUCUGAAAGAGGAGGACCAGACGUGCAUCACAACUGACAAUGGAGCAAACGUUGUCAAAGCUGUGCAGCUUAAUCAGUGGACCAGGCUUCAAUGUUUUGGCCACAGGCUACAUCUUGCAAUUGAAAAUGCUGUUAAAGAUGAUGUAAGAGUUAAACGGGCAACAGGACUCUGCAAGCAGCUGGUUGGACAUUUCUCACAUAGCUGUAAAAAGAAGGCCGCACUGAAAAAGGCACAGCAAGAAUUGAAGAUACCGGAGCACUCACUGAUUACAGAGUGUCCGACGAGGUGGGGCUCACGACAGAGGAUGAUUGGGAGGGUGUUGGAGCAGAGUAAGGCGUUGUCUCAGGUUCUAUCUGAAGACAAGAAGACACGUCACCUGGUCCCCACUUGGCAGGACACAGAUGUCCUUGAGUCAUUAAACAAUGCCCUUGGCCCUCUUCAGGAGUUUACUGAUGCCCUGUCCGGUGAAGCCUAUGUAAGUGUGUCCUACCUGAAGCCAGUCCUCCAUCUCCUGAGGACAUCGAUCCUGACUGUAGACAAAGACGACCCAGAUCUUACCAGGGACAUAAAGUCAAGAGCUCUUCGCUAUAUUGAAGAUAAAUACAGCGACCCAGCCACACAGGAGCUACUAGAUAUUGCUUCGUUCCUUGAUCCUAGAUUCAAAACUGACUACAUAAGAGCAGAGAAUGUCCCAGACAUCAAAGAAAGAGUGAGGAUCGAAAUGGAACAGGUGGCACGAAAGGAAAAGAGGGCCCGUGUCAGCACUACAGAGGCCAUGCCCCAGGGUGCAGCAGAGGCAGAGCCAUCUACUGUGGGGAAGGGAAAGCGGUCAUUGGGCAGCUUCUUCAAGAGCAGACCGUCUGUGCCUCCUCCUUCCACCACCAUGCAGUUGGAGGAUGCCAUUAAUGCAGAGCUGAACAGCUACCUGAUAACUCCUACAAUUGAUGGAGAGGACAAUCCCCUGGCCUGGUGGAGAGUGCACAAUGUUAACUUUCCAUGGUUGAGCAAACUGGCUCGCAAGUUUCUGUGCAUACCAGCCACCAGUUCACCAUCAGAAAGAUUGUUUAGUGCUAGUGGCAAUGUUGUCACAUGUCAGCGCUCAUGUCUUAAACCAUCAAAGGUUGACAUGCUAGUUUUCUUGACCAAAAAUCUGUGAAGAGUGAUGUAGAGAUGUCAGGGAAGCAAGUAUUAUUGUUAAAGUACUUUUUAGAUUGUGUUUGUUCUGCACUUUACCCUGACUUGUGGUGUCAGUUUUUGUAAAAAAAAAAAAGAUAAAUGCUAGUUUUCAGGAAUAUUAUGUUCUAUUGUUAACAGAAUAGAUGUGCAAUAUUUGGGUGCUGCUAAGCGGUAAAUGAAUGACCCACCUAUUUUAAUGUCUGACAUAUUUUUCAGAAGGGCAGAGGUUGGGUCAUUUUGUUUUUGUAAUAGUAUUUUCUUUAUUACCAUUACUUUUCAAUUUCACUUUAAAAUAUUGUUCAGGUUUCUUCCAGGGUUGAAUAAAGUACUUGAAUUGCUGCUAUAGAUGUUGAUAGGCUAGCUCUCUUGAGCCAUAAAAGACUGACCUACCUACUUGAGUAUAAGACUGUUUACAUAAGGUCAGGAUCCUUUUUUUCCUUUAUUGAAGUUGUUGAAUUUUGUUUUUCUUAUUAUAUAUUAAGCAUUGCUUUUUGUGUUGGAAUUGUUUUGUAUUUUAUUUAACUUAAACUUUUUUAUUUAUCUUAACAUAAUUAAGGUUUUUGUACUGGUUUUAGUUCUUUAGUUUUAAUAACUGCUGUUGGUCAAGAACUUUGGAGAAUGUACAUGCAUGUUUCUUAAUAAAUACAUGUUUGAAGCAAUUCUUACCUUUUAGUAUUCAUCCUUGCAUUACAUAGCAUUUAAUGUUUUCAUGGUAUAUCAUUUUUUGUCAUGUUUUAAAUCUGUUACUGUUACUGAAGCUUGAUUUGAAAAGAAAUCGUGAGUCAAAAUCGAAAUCGCAAUUUCUGUCAGAAAAAUCGUGAUCAGAUUUUUUCCUGAAAUCGUUCAG